AUGGCGGCAAACGCAGCUCAGGUGCAGAAGAUGAAGCCGCUGGUCAAGGCUCUGCCUCUGGUCCCGGUUCACGCGCCGGUGGGUGGGAAGGGCCCAGCCAAGAGGAAGCCCUGGGGUGUCCUGGGGCCGGUUCCCGGCCGGGACCCGUUUGAGAGCACCGUGCAGGUUGGCAAACUGCAGGACCUUAUCAACCGAAGUAAGAUGGCGAGGUGUAGAGGACGAUUUGUCUGCCCAGUCAUUCUGUACAAGGGAAAGCAUAUUUGCAGAUCAGCAACGCUGGCUGGCUGGGGAGAGCUCUAUGGGCGCACUGGCUACAACUAUAUCUUCUCAGGAGGUUCUGAUGAUGCUUGGGCAGAUGCAGAAGACAUUUCAGAGGAAGAUUCUGCACUUAGAAAUGCAGACUCCCAGCUGUUUGACAAGGUCAGAGGGCACGACAUCAAGCUGCUUCGAUACCUGUCUGUCCGAUAUAUCUGUGACCUGAUGGUGGAAAACAAGAAGGUGAAGUUUGGCUUGAAUGUGACGUCUUCUGAGAAGGUGGACAAAGCUCAACGUUACGCUGAUUUCACGCUUCUCUCCAUCCCAUAUCCAGGCUGUGAGUUUUUUAAGGAGUACAAAGACCGGGAUUAUACAGCUGAGGGUCUCAUAUUUAACUGGAAACAGGAUUAUGUAGAUGCUCCAUUAAGUAUCCCAGUCUCUCUGACCCAAUCUCUGAAUAUUGAUUGGAGCGAGUACCAGAGCUGGGACCUUGUGCAACAGACACAGAACUACCUGAAGCUGCUGAUCUCUAUCAUCAAUAGUGAUGAUGACAGCGGGCUCCUGGUGCACUGUAUAUCCGGCUGGGAUCGAACUCCUCUCUUCAUCUCCUUAUUGCGCCUCUCCUUAUGGGCUGAUGGGCUGAUCCACGCGUCCUUGGAGCCGUCUGAGAUUCUCUACCUGACAGUGGCCUAUGACUGGUUUCUCUUUGGGCACAUGUUAGUCGAUCGACUCAGUAAAGGAGAAGAGAUUUUCUUUUUCUGCUUCAAUUUUCUGAAGCACAUCACCUCUGAAGAGUUCUCUGCUGUGAAGUCACAGAGAAGGAAGAGUUUGCCACCUGGCUUCACCCUGGAAGAGAUCUGCAUGCUCAAGCAGAGAGACCGAGGCAGCACCACAAGUCUGAGCAGUGACUUCUCUCUGGGGAUGGAAAGUUCCCCUGGAGCCGCUGGGAGCUUCACCUAUGAAGCAGUGGAGCUGAUGCCAGCAGGAGCACAGGCUCAAGCAGCAUGGAGGAAGAGCUGCGCAUCGUCGCCACAAGCCGUGCUCUGGAGCAGGGCACAGCAGUCUGAAGACAGGCUGCCUUCUGCAGGGAUGGUCGAAGUCAAGUCCUCCAGCUCCUCCUCAUCAACCCAUUCUGAUAACUUCCUGAGGAUUGGAAGCAGCCCACUGGAAGUGCCCAGAUCCAGAUCGGCGGACCAUUCUCUGCCCGGAUCUUCCGUUUCCACAGACUUUGGCAGCUGGCAGAUGGUGACAGGGUGUGGCAGUAUUCGGGAGCAGGCAAUCCUGAGCGCAGACGCCUCUCUCCCUUGCAGCUUCCCGGAUGAGUUCCCUAGCACUUGCCUGCUGGUGUCAUCGAGCGACCGCGAGUCCCGUCUGGAAGAAGUGCGUUCCGCCUUUCUGGCCAGCUACAGCCGGACCAUCGGUCUGAAGGCCGUGCCCCCCAGCCCCUCAGGGGCGAUCGGCGGCCUCCUCGAGCAGUUUGUGCGGGGCGUGGGACUGAGAGGCAGCAGCACGCUCUGAGCACGGCGUUACCGCACCGCUGGCUGGAGACCCGCGGGACCUGGCGGGGCCCCCUGGCCGAACCCCGGGACCCCCUUCCCG